AUGUCCUCUCAACAGCCUCAAGACGGAGUGGGCGACCACAACCCCAUGACCAGCGUGAAGCACGACGGCCGCAGCUCCUCCGGCCAGCUCUUCAACAGUAUGGAGCAAGCUAAGCGUCACCCCGAGAACGACAGGGCCGAGACCAAGCGCCAGAGUCUUGCGGACCAGUCUGAGCCCAAGGGAGCUUUGGGGAACGUGUGGGAUAGUAUGACGAAGCCACAGCCGAAGUAG